UUUUAUAAAACGGACCUUAGACGGACCGACAACAGAAAUAAAUCCAACUGCAUAGGAUAAAAAACAAAUUCAUCUCUUCAUUGUUUUGCGAUCAUUUCUUCGGUUUUUGACAUACUUUUAUCAUAGCUUGGUAUUUCUAGAUUCUGAACAUACACUGUCAACAAAGCGAUGGCUUCUGGGUCCCCGUCGUCCUCUCCGGACACCGCGACGGGCUCUGGUACGGACCCAGCUCGGCCCGACACCGGGGAGCCUCUCGGUGGAGCAGGCUCGGACUCGGACUCAGACCUGGGCGUGGGCAAGUUUGACUGCAGCGUCAUGGCGAUGGAAGACCGACUGGAGGGAGAGGAACUGGAGCAGGAGUUUGAAUCUGCUGCGGAUCGUGUCAAAGAUCUGCUUCAAACAGCUAGUAGAGAUCAGCUGCUCUACCUGUAUGCGCGGUACAAACAGGUCAAAGUGGGCAAAUGCAAUACUUCUAAACCUGGAUUCUUUGACUUUGAAGGACAGAGAAAAUGGCAAGCGUGGAAACAGCUUGGUGACAUGGAUCCUGAGCAGGCUAUGCAGGAGUACAUUUCCCUUGUGAAUGUGCUGGAUCCAGAAGGCACCUCUAAGGAAAGAAGAGGAGCAGAAAAGAGAACAAGCUUUGGAGGAGCAGCAGUCAGCUCGCUAUAUCAGGAGGAAACAAUAAGAGAAGAAGAUAAGAACAUCUUCGACUACUGCAGGGAAAAUAAUAUUGAGCGAAUCAACAAGGCUCUGAGCUCACAGAACGUGGAUGUCAAUACAAAAGAUGAAGAGGGCCGGGCACUCCUACACUGGGCCUGUGACAGAGGACACAAGGAGCUGGUGUCAGUAUUACUGGAACACAAAGCGGACAUCAAUGGCCAGGACAAUGAAGGACAGACUGCACUACACUAUGCUUCCGCAUGUGAGUUUGCCGACAUUGUGGAGCUGCUGCUAAACUCUGGGGCUGACCCUUUUAUCAAAGACAUGGAGGGCUCUCUUCCAGAAGAAGUCACCGAGUCCAGCGCCAUCUCGUCCCUCCUGCGCCAGUAUACUGCCCCCAAAGGCUAGAUCUUCCCUCUUCCUUUUUUAUACCCUAGUGAACUCAUCCAAACCAUUCAUAUCCUCCUCAGAGUUCUUUUUCCCCAAGAGACUAUAUUAUCCCAAUGACUUUACUCCAACAGGUCUGCAGAAGUUUUUUUUUUUUUUUUUAAUCAUUCAGCUUGUUUCUUUUCAUUGAAAGUGCAUAUGACAGGUUAGAUUACUCAUUUCACUAAAACAGUUGACAGAUUUUUUUCAAAAAAUCUUGCCUACUUUUCCUUAGUUUUACCAUUUCUUCACAAACUCCCUCUAGACUGUAAAAUUAUGAUAAAUAUUUACCACAGGCAUUAUUCCUUUAAACAAAGUCCUGUCAUGUACACUUGAAUGGUAGUGUAUUAAACUGUGUAACCUGUAAAUAUCAAGUUGAUUUGAAGGAGUAUUAAUGUCAGGUCUAUUUAAUUCAUUGACAGGAACAGAAACAUUCUCAUAAUCACAAAAAUAUUAAACAGUAUAUUAUAUGGUGAUAUG